UAUAUAAAGGCAAGCCGUAAUGAGUAUUCUAAGAAGAGCUUGGGCGAAAUAUCAACAACUGCUUAUAACACAUCCUUGGAAAACACAAACUAUAGGAACAGGUAUUGUAAUUAAGGAAAGUCAGUUUUUAAAUUUUUUUUCAUGAUGGAUUUGAGGAGACAUCACCUCACUCAAAUCAUUUGAGUGAGGUGAAGUCUUCUAAAAAUCCAAAGCUUAAUUGCUGUGAAAUAAGCUUAAAUCCUUUUACCGAUCGCGUUGUAGCGGCUUAGAAUUGUUUUGAAAGACAAAUGAGCUUCGGAUUUGCGGAUUUGCGGAUUUGCCAUUAUUCAGCUGCAUUACGAAGCUUGCAAUGUCCUCUAAUUUGCAUGAGGACGUUUGGAGACACAGUUCGGACAGUUUGUGUAUUGUUAGAUUUCGAUGCACUCAAAAUGGAAAACAUAGCAAAAUAGAAAAGGCCUAAAUCAAACGAAACUGUGGGCAUGAAACCAUACAGUGGUGCACUGUUUGUUUUAAAAUUAUUUUUGUCACUUGUUUCAUAUCAUUGUCUUCUUGUCAUUUAUUUCUCAUCCGUUAUUUGGCAUCAUUUGUUGUUGGUCUUUCAUACGUCUCCUCUUGAUAUAAAUAAAUAAAUAAAUAAUAAGUAAAUAACGAUUUGCAGGUAGCACAUCCACAUAGUGGUUCUUCGUCUACCUGAUUCCUGGUCGAAUUGGAAGUUGGAAAUGUUGGUUUUUGAGGAGAGGGGAAAACCGGAGUACCCGGAGAAAAACCUCUCGGAGCAAGGGGGAGAACCAACAACAAACUCAACCCACAUAUGGCGUCGACGCCGGGAUUUGAACCCGGGCCACACUGGUGGGAGGCGAGCGCUCUCACCACUGCGUCACCCUUGCUCCCCUAAAUAUUGAUAUUUGGCGUUCCAGAGAGAGACUCUCAUUUUAACAUUAUUUCUGUUGGUUGUAUGCACUAUGCUAUCAGUUGUAUCCAUUACUCUGCCAGUUGUACACACUACUUUAACAUUUAUAAACAUUUUCUCUGUUAACGCAUGCAUUGAGGGGUGUCCAUAUCAACUGGGUUGAAUUCAGAGAAAAUGUAACUUAAGGGUAACUUAAGGACUUUCUUUCCCCAGGGACAAAGCAAACUGUCUGUAAUAAUGAGGUGUCUUUAUUAAGCAGGUGUCCAAAAAACGGGGUUUGACUGUAUACACAGGGCUGUCAACUCUCCCGGAUAAUCAGGGAGACUACAGAUUUUGAACCAUUUCUCCCAGUCUCUAGGUUAGAGUCUGAAAUCCCACGGAUAAUCGCCAUGGUUUUCCAUUUCUUGUAGAAUCGACUUUCUGACAGUGGAAUUUUUUCAAAUACAAAAGCUUUGUUUGAGCUAUUUUACUGUUAACAUCAAACAUUUCCUCACAAACUCCGGUAUGCCAUUGUAAUAUAAAUGUAAGCAAUAAUGUGGUUGGUAAGAAGUAAGCCAAUAAGGUCAAAUGUUACAAUUCCAACAAAAUCUUUUUUGUGCAGUUUUUUUCACAAAUGAUGUCAUGUACCGUGGCCAUUAUGACAUCAUUUAUCAUCCCUUAUCUCAUCAAGUCUCAAUAUUUGAAGAUGUGGGGGGUUAACAGCUCUGGUAUACACCUGGUCCCGGUUGUUCAAAAGAUGGAUAGCGCUAUCCACAGGAUAAAUCAUUAUCCAGUGGAUAAGUGUUAGGAAAAUGAAUUGCACUAUUCAGUGGAUAGAGAUUUAUCCAAUGGAUAGCAUUAAUUAUCCACCUUUUGAACAACUGGGGCCUGAUUGAAAAAACAUUGUUGCUUGAAAAGUAUAAACAAUGAACGAUGGGACCUAAUGGAUUUAUAGGUAGAACUUUAUUAGCAUUGCAAGUUCUUUUUAGAAAUGUUUACUUUAUUGAAGCUUUUGGUGACAACGCAUCCAAAAAACAUCAAAUGGUUUCCAGAUUUUGUGGCAAUAAGCUCACAGCUUCACCUGUCCUGGACACAUAACAGAUGUCUACAACUAAAGAGCAUAGGUAUAUCACAAACGCACACUUGAAAAUCAUAAGAUAUAGGACCUAAAAAGCUUUCUUGGAAGACAAAAAACAACAACAACAACAGCAUGCCUUGAAGAAAGUACUUUAGGUAUUUGCAUUCGCACGAGUAUCUCGUGACAAUGCAAACUUUUGUCAAAAGAUCUUUGAAUUUGCUUUGCUAAUAAACAUACAUGUAUACCCAUAAAUACUUGAGGCCUCAUCAUUCAUGGUUUAUACUUUUGAGUAACAACAACAACAACAUUAUCCAGAGGAUAAUGCUCUUGGCCGACAGACUGUCUUCAUGCAAAUUUCACAGUUGCACUAGAUACCUAGACAUGUAUAUGUACAGUGCAUGCAGCUCAAAACAACUGUCCAAAAAAUGCGUGUGUGCAGUUUGUACCUCUGCAUCUGAGUGUGCAUGUAUAUCUCUGACACAUCUGAUUAGUAUACAUGUAUGGGCCAGCUUUAUACCUCUUUCACAAUGGGGUCUUAUUAAUAUAUAUUUUUUAUGUGUGUGAUAAAUUCAGACUUUCUGACCUCGUUUCAAAGUAAGAAUUUUUUUGUAUUUUGCACAAAAAAAUUGACAAGGUCAGAAAUGGUUAUUAUCAUACUAAUAAAAGAAAUACAUAUUUAAUAGGCCACCAGAUUGUAAAAUACGUCUAUUGUCUACAUAUUGCUCUUAUUUUACAAAAGAUUUGAACCCAGGAGUCAUUUCAUAAGUAGGCUGAGUAUGUUUGUCUGGGUGAACGUAGUCCUGAAUGUUGACAGUGACUGACGUUUCAAUAACCUGUGCAGUAUUCAUCUUCUGAGUGACUCUGAAGAUGAAUACUACAGCUUGUCAGGGACUGUCAACAACAACGGUCCCAUUCAGGACUAUGUUCACCUGGACAUUCAUGCAUAACUGUCUUUUGUUUUUAUUUUGUUGUUAGUUUUUGUGGACUUUAUUCUAAGUCAUUGCAUCUUAAACAGUGGGCAUUAACUGAGGAACUGUAUACAAGUAAACGUACAUUUAUCUUCCUACAGUGUAACUCAAACAUUUGAACAAGCAUCCACAUCAUUGGCACUAAACGAAUCUUUGGCUAAAUGUUUUCCAUCCAUUAUUAGUUUGAGCAUCUUGAGGAAGGAUGAACAUGUACAUAUACCCGUAUGCAAAGAAAGAUGUGUCUGGUAGCCCAGGGCUAGUGGAUUUUGCAAUUGGGCUAGUGAUUUGUGUUCUUAACUUGCCAGCAGGGCAAGUGCAGUUUUUUGGGAAAUUCAAAUUACAGUGAAGAACUGUAAUCAAUGCUGCUCAUUAAAUUUUUUGAGGAGCUACUUAAAAGACUCUUGGGCUAGUACAUACUAGCAACAACUUGCAUGCCUGAAUGGCAAGCCAUAAAUUAAACCGACUUUCUUUGCACCCUGAUGUACAGAAAGGAAACCUAUUGCUCCACCUAGACUGAUUUAUACAAGAAAUGCUGAUGACAUAAAUUUAUAAAGCACAAACAAGGGUCAGUCAUUUGGCUACAGUGAAGUUAGCUAAGAACUGUGGCUAUGCCAUUUCGACUUAUACAUGUAACGUUCACAGAAAAUAUUUCCCAAACAGUGGAUAGAGCCAGCGAUGUUUGUUACGAUGUUUGUAAACUUUCCAUCAUGGAUACCCAACAUUUUGCAUCUGACAAAACGUGAAUUAUAUUUAUUUAAACAAUAAUUGCUGACACAAUCUAACUUGACUGUACAUGCAAAUUAUUUUAUUUACAGUGGCAAGUUACUUCAUGUCAGAGUUAACAUAGAAUGUUUUUUGAAUAUUACGAAGGAUGUCUCAUUUUAAACUAAAGACUGUCUCUGCUAGUGUGGUUUUGUAUCUGUCAGGCCAAAAUCACAUGAAAUAUAUCACCAUAUUUUUUACAUUUUCUGCUCCUAUUAAAAUUAAGAUUGACUUGUAUAAUAUUGAUAAUAACUAGGAUAAAAGUGCAGGCUGGCAUUACUCCAAAAAUGAAAUUUCUUUGCAACUUACUGUUUUGGUAUUUUUAUUUAUUUUGAUUGCUUGACUGACAAGCAAUAGAAAAAAGUGUUAACAAUUUCAUGCUUAUCUACAUUUUUUUGUAAAUAUGAACGCUUUUAUAGUAAUUAACUAAUAUUUCAUUCUUAGGUUUUACAGUAUCCUUCUUAUAAUUUACUGUGGUUUAAUCAUACUCUACAAGUAUUGAUUUUGCUAUUGCGCUAGUGGAUUUCAUUCUUAACUUGCCCACUGUACAGGACAGUGAUGUUUUUUUGAGGGAUUAAAAUUACAGUCUAAGAACUGUGAAAUCAUUGCAGUUACCUCAUCAAAAAGUGUUUGGGGCUAGCUGAAAUGACCUUUGGGCUAAUGCCCGAACGAAAAGCUGUAUAACUGACUUUCUUUGCAUCCUGCUGAUGUUAAUUCCCAUUAGACUUCACAGUCCCCUAUUAUUCCAUAAAUACUGUAACUCGCAUUCAUGUAGGGUGCGAAUGUACCGAGGGGGGAGGGAGUGUGAUCUGAGUUCACAGAAGUUAAAGGGGAAGGAUUUCAUUCACACUUCCUGGAUGUGAGCUACAGUGAUGUGAGGACAGUCCCCCUAUUCCCGCCAAAUCAGUGAUCCUAUACUGCCCGCCCCCCUCCCAACCCCCAGUCCCAGGGUAGAAUUCAGUAGUCCUGAAUGUUGACAGUGACUGACGUUUCAAUAACCUGUGCAGUAUUCAUCUUCUGAGUGACUCUGAAGAUGAAUACUACAGCUUGUCAGGGACUGUCAACAACAACGGUCCCAUUCAGGACUAUGUUCACCUGGACAUUCAUGCAUAACUGUCUUUUGUUUUUAUUUUGUUGUUAGUUUUUGUGGACUUUAUUCUAAGUCAUUGCAUCUUAAACAGUGGGCAUUAACUGAGGAACUGUAUACAAGUAAACGUACAUUUAUCUUCCUACAGUGUAACUCAAACAUUUGAACAAGCAUCCACAUCAUUGGCACUAAACGAAUCUUUGGCUAAAUGUUUUCCAUCCAUUAUUAGUUUGAGCAUCUUGAGGAAGGAUGAACAUGUACAUAUACCCGUAUGCAAAGAAAGAUGUGUCUGGUAGCCCAGGGCUAGUGGAUUUUGCAAUUGGGCUAGUGAUUUGUGUUCUUAACUUGCCAGCAGGGCAAGUGCAGUUUUUUGGGAAAUUCAAAUUACAGUGAAGAACUGUAAUCAAUGCUGCUCAUUAAAUUUUUUGAGGAGCUACUUAAAAGACUCUUGGGCUAGUACAUACUAGCAACAACUUGCAUGCCUGAAUGGCAAGCCAUAAAUUAAACCGACUUUCUUUGCACCCUGAUGUACAGAAAGGAAACCUAUUGCUCCACCUAGACUGAUUUAUACAAGAAAUGCUGAUGACAUAAAUUUAUAAAGCACAAACAAGGGUCAGUCAUUUGGCUACAGUGAAGUUAGCUAAGAACUGUGGCUAUGCCAUUUCGACUUAUACAUGUAACGUUCACAGAAAAUAUUUCCCAAACAGUGGAUAGAGCCAGCGAUGUUUGUUACGAUGUUUGUAAACUUUCCAUCAUGGAUACCCAACAUUUUGCAUCUGACAAAACGUGAAUUAUAUUUAUUUAAACAAUAAUUGCUGACACAAUCUAACUUGACUGUACAUGCAAAUUAUUUUAUUUACAGUGGCAAGUUACUUCAUGUCAGAGUUAACAUAGAAUGUUUUUUGAAUAUUACGAAGGAUGUCUCAUUUUAAACUAAAGACUGUCUCUGCUAGUGUGGUUUUGUAUCUGUCAGGCCAAAAUCACAUGAAAUAUAUCACCAUAUUUUUUACAUUUUCUGCUCCUAUUAAAAUUAAGAUUGACUUGUAUAAUAUUGAUAAUAACUAGGAUAAAAGUGCAGGCUGGCAUUACUCCAAAAAUGAAAUUUCUUUGCAACUUACUGUUUUGGUAUUUUUAUUUAUUUUGAUUGCUUGACUGACAAGCAAUAGAAAAAAGUGUUAACAAUUUCAUGCUUAUCUACAUUUUUUUGUAAAUAUGAACGCUUUUAUAGUAAUUAACUAAUAUUUCAUUCUUAGGUUUUACAGUAUCCUUCUUAUAAUUUACUGUGGUUUAAUCAUACUCUACAAGUAUUGAUUUUGCUAUUGCGCUAGUGGAUUUCAUUCUUAACUUGCCCACUGUACAGGACAGUGAUGUUUUUUUGAGGGAUUAAAAUUACAGUCUAAGAACUGUGAAAUCAUUGCAGUUACCUCAUCAAAAAGUGUUUGGGGCUAGCUGAAAUGACCUUUGGGCUAAUGCCCGAACGAAAAGCUGUAUAACUGACUUUCUUUGCAUCCUGCUGAUGUUAAUUCCCAUUAGACUUCACAGUCCCCUAUUAUUCCAUAAAUACUGUAACUCGCAUUCAUGUAGGGUGCGAAUGUACCGAGGGGGGAGGGAGUGUGAUCUGAGUUCACAGAAGUUAAAGGGGAAGGAUUUCAUUCACACUUCCUGGAUGUGAGCUACAGUGAUGUGAGGACAGUCCCCCUAUUCCCGCCAAAUCAGUGAUCCUAUACUGCCCGCCCCCCUCCCAACCCCCAGUCCCAGGGUAGAAUUCAUACUCAUCCCUAGGUUACACUCAGACCAUGGGUAAAUUAAACAUAAAAGAAAGAAAGAAAAAGAGUGAUUAUCUAAUAUGUUUAUGUAAAGUAUAAAAGUACAGAGGAAGUGGCAAAUUGACUGGGUUGAUUAAGCUGUUGCUGCCAAUCUCACUUGCUGCCUCAUUUAUAUACCCUGUGUGCCUCCAUAAGGCCUUAAAACCGUCCAUUUCACUACUCUAUUUUAGACAAGACUCUCCAACCCAUAUUUAGGCUAUUGAAUCCCCCCUCACACACACAUGUACAUGUACACUGAUUGAAAUCUCCCACAUUUUACAGCCUGUUCAGGGCAGCACCCUGUUUGAGAGGCUAAUGGCAAAAUUGUGUACUCGGUUUGAAGACUCUCAACCCCCCAAACCCAUACCAUGUUCAGUGCUGUUACCCAUUAAGGCCAAAUACGGGAUUGCUUUCCCCUGGGCUGCAAAGACAGUAUAACUCUUCAUUACUUCUUGUUUUUGCCUUAGGUGUCCUUGUCGCCGCUGGAGAUGUCAUCACCCAGCAAUUUGCUGAGCGAAGAGGCACAAAUCAUGACUUCAGAAGAACAGCUCGUAUGGGCGUGGUUGGACUAGUUAUUGGCCCUGUGCUAAGAUCAUGGUAUCUUACACUGGAAAGGAUUGUCCCUGGGACUGCCAAAACUGCCGGCUUUAAAAAGAUGCUGUUGGAUCAGAGUCUCUUUGCUCCUGUUAUGAUAUGCUUCUUUUUCAGUGUGUCAGAGACACUUGCUGGAAAACGACCACAUGAAAUUAAAGAGAUGUUCCAGGAACGCUAA